GAGGGGCUGUUGUCAUAGGACAGAGGGAGGUUGUGCAGAGUUGCAUAGAAGAAAAAAAGAAGAGGCAAGAAACAAAAAAAAAGAGUGUGAAGGCAUGGCAGCGUAAAGCCUGGAAUUUACUUACAACUGCUACAUUGCAAUGGAGAUGCACAAAGCACUGGUUUCUGUGUUUAUGAACAAUGGUGGGAAGACUUUUGCACAUCAUUAGCUUUUACAAUCAACUCACAAAAAUAAGCUGAUACAGAAUUCUGGUUAAAACAGCAUGGUGUGGUAAUGAUGCAGUGGUCAUCCGAGUGGGCGGAGCAACACUAUGAUGUCUCCUCCACCACAUCUCCACCAGUUCAUCCUAAGCCCCUCCCAUUUCCUCAGCCCAGUCGUCCUGCAUUCUCUGGCUACAGUGAUGACAUCAGUGCGCUCAGUGCCUCCAGCUUACUAAAGCGCUACGCCGAGAGGUACUCCUUCAACUCUGCCCUACCAGAACAUGGGAGUUUCCUGAGAAGUGAGCAGCCCCAGGAGCCAUGGCCAGGGGGGUACAGCACAGAGGGGCCUGCUGGUUUAGACCCACUGAAGGCCAGCGGAAGUGAUCUCUCCGAGCCACAAUACAGCAGUGCUCCCACUCAAGAUUACCCUUCAUCUUACAGCAGUCAGCAUCUUCUGCCCAAACCAUCCUAUCUUCCAUCACCAGCGUUUGCCUUGCCAUCUGCAUACUUGCCCCCUGCACCAGGCUACGCUUAUCCCCAACAGUGUUACCCCCACAACACCCCAUCUCUUCUGACCUCGGGUCUGCACACCCCUACACCUCUCCACGGGGCAGCUGAACUCCCACGAAACCGGAAGAUCGGCUUCGACCAGUCCAAAACUGCCAGAGUGUCACCUUACACAAUCAGGGAUAAGAGUGAACGGCAGAAUGGUGACAGCGGUGGAAGUGUCAACGAAAGCUGUGGGACGGACAUCCAGAGCUAUAGGCCAGAGAGACUUUCCACUCUGCCCGAUCUCGAGGCAGAUGCUGAGGGUAAGAGCAGUCACCUGCGGCCUCUGGAGACACGCUCUUAUGGAGGUCCAGGACAAUAUACGUAUCCCUGAGUCUACUUGAUGUAGCCAGUUGAUGCUUUUUUUAUACGUUUAUAGCAAUACUUGAAUGUAUUAAACAUCAGGACGAAUGUUACUGUGGUACUGUGGUAAAAUUUAAUUGUAAAAUCAGAAACUCCAUAACAGAGCCAUUUUUCAUUCCCCAAAGAACCUGUCAGUGAACAGUAUUCAGUUCUGUAAAGAACCAUUUUUAUGCAAGGAACAAUGGCAAAAUCUAAUGAACCAGUAGAAAGAUACCAUGGAUGCUCAAGCUAAAUUUUAAAUCGUCAUUAUUUAAGGCACAGAUAUACUUCAAACAAAAUCAACAAACUAAAAUGACGUAAUUUCAAACAAAAUCCAGGCAAAUCGAAGUUAUUUGGAGUACAUUUUGGCAGUUUGAAGCAGCUGACCAAAGCAAACUUUUGGGGGAGUUCGUUUUAGCUCCUUUUUAACUUGUGUUAAACACCUUUGAGCUCCCAUUGGUCAAUGACGAUAAGGCAAUCAGUGGCUGUAACUCCGCCUUCUUUGAUCCAGACAGGAGAACAACAUCCAAUUGCUCUGACACCAGACAAGAAGCCCACCUUGUUGCACCACAUCUUUUUCAUGAAUUUGCGCACACCGGCGGCAAAUAAAAAAAAAAUAAUAAUAAUAAUAAUUCCUUACGUUUAUAUAGCUCUUUUCUGGACACUCAAAGCGCUUUUAACGAUGGGGGAAUCUCCUCAUCCACCACCAGUGUGCAGCAUCCACCUGGAUGACACGAUGGCAGCCAUAUUGCCGCACACCACACACCAGCUGAUUGGUGGAGAGGAGACAGAGUGAUAAAGCCAAUUAUGAUAUAAGGAUGGUUAGGAGGCCAUGAUAGACAGAGACCAGUGGGCAAAUUCGACCAGGAUGCUGGGGUUAAACACUACUCCUCUUUGAUGGACAUCCUGGAAUUUUGAAUGACCACAGAGAGUCAGGACUUAAGUUUGACGUCUCAGAAAAACAGCGCUCAUUGAGCAGUAUAGAGUCCCCAUCAGUAUACUGGGGCAUUAGGACCCACAUAGACCGAAGGUUGAGCACCCCCUGUUGGCCUUUCUAACACUAUUUCCGGCAGCAACCUAGCUUUCCCAUGUGGUCUCCCAUCCAGGUACAUACCCCUGCUUAGCUUGAGUUAGUGGCCAUAUAGGAGUUGCAGAUAGCUAGCUGCCAGAAAUCAGUGUAAAAAUGUGAUGCACUUCUUGUGUAGAUGGCUGUUUGCUAGAUGUUUAUGAAACUGUUCUCUCUCAGCCACCAUUGUUGUAUUUAGGGCUAAAUGACACAUUUACAACCCCACCCACUAGAGCUAGGGGUGUCAGAGGGUUUCAAACAGUACUUCGUCAAUCAGUCAUUAAUGAUACAGAAUGAUAUAGAACAUAGUUUGAAGUAUAUCAGGGUCUUCAUUCACCUUUCACAUGUUUCAAACAUGUUUGAGUUUCUUUCUUCAUGUGAACACAAAAGAAGAUUGUGGUAGAAGAAUGUGGUAAACUCGCAGCCAAAAAUGGUAGUCAGUGGAUACCAGUUUACAACAUUCUUCAAAAUUUAUUCUUUUGCAUUCGUGAGGGUGAUUAAAUAAUGAUUCAUUUUCCAUUUUUUUGGGGAGCGAACUAUCGCUUUAUUAGAGGUUCUUCAGAAAACCAUAAAACAACAUUUUUAAAAGUUUAUGAAACUUCAGAUUGGGAAGAUUUACUGAUGUCUCUUUAAUCAACAUUAUCAUUAUUCCUUACUGCCACUUUAACGGGACCUGUGGCACAGAUACUCUUUUGUAUCCUCUUUUUGUAUUCUCUUCCUUUCCUCUUUUCCUCUUUCUGUCGCUCUAUAAUUAUGCUGUGCAGUGAAGCACGUUAUGGUGGCAAGCACUAAACCACCGCUUCAAUCAAUGAAAUCCAAGCCAAAGGAAGACUGAAAGAGAGGAACGGAAAAGAAAUAGAAGAAAUAAUGAACAAAAAAAUGAAGCUGCGUUAAAGCACACAUUUGAAAGUUUCAUGUCACACGUGUAAUAUAUGGUUCUCAUUCUAUUUGUAUGUCAGUGGUGAUAGUCAUGGAUGUUCUCCAACACUGAAGUCCGUGAGCUAAAAACACUCAUAUUUUAGGAAUAUUAUGUAAAAUUCCUCUAUAAACUUUGAAUGUAAAGCCGAUUUUCCUCAGGAAUUGUGAAUGAAGCCAUACUUUAUGUUUAUCUUAUACAAAUUUUAAGUUUUUAAUGUCUAGUUAGUGUAGUUUUUUUGUUGUUGUCAUGUCUGUCAUUAAAAUGAAAUGUAUUUGUAACUUUACUUACAGUAUUUCAAUGAUUAAACAACGACUCGCCGUUUUUUUUACAAACUGCAUAAUCCUAGCUUUCCCAGGGCUGCUGCAAAAAAAGGCUAAAGGGAUUUUUCGCAGUCUUUUCCACUAUUCACCUAUUGUGAGGUUUACUAUGGGAACCCGCAGAGCAGUCCCAGCCCCCUGAGUUGAUCACUGGAUGUGUUUUCCUCUGACCCUCUGACCCUUCUCUGUUUUAAAUGAGGCAUGCAAAAGAAUAGAGAGCUUUUGUUAUGGUGAGGCACGCUGGACAUACACUGAAAUGUACAAACUGAACUGAAAAUGACAGUUUAGUUAAUAUUUAAUUUUGAUAAAUGUGUCAAAUGUAACACUCACAAACGCAUUACAUGGGACAAAAUCAUGUUACUUCAUAAAUAUACAAUACGUUCUACCUCACGGUUACAAUUCUGAAUGUUCAAAGUAUGCAAUUGUGUAUUACAUGUUUAAAUGUCUACCUCAAGAAAAAAACACAAAAUAAAAUCUAUCAUACCAAUACAACA